UGGCAGUCUGGCCUCCGGAGGCGAGACGCUGGCCAUGGAGGCAGGGGGCUGUCGCUACCAGUUUCGGAUCGCGCUGCUGGGGGACGCGGCCGUGGGCAAGACGUCGCUGCUGCGGUGCUACAUGAGGGGUGCACCCGGGAUCUCCGAGCCCGAGCUACAGCUCGAGUCGGCGCCCACGGUGGGCGUCGAGUUCUAUACCCGCACUGUGCAGCUUCAGGCCGGGCCGCGCGUCAAGCUGCAGCUCUGGGACACGGCGGGCCAGGAGCGCUUCAGGUGCAUCACCAGGUCCUUUUACCGGAAUGUGGUGGGUGUCCUGCUGGUCUUUGAUGUGACAAACAGGAAGUCCUUUGAGCACAUUCGAGACUGGCAUCAGGAGGUCAUGGCCACUCAGGGCCCCGACAAGGCGAUCUUCCUGCUGAUUGGCCACAAGAGUGACCUGCAGAGUGCCCGUUGUGUCUCAACCCAGGAGGCGGAGGAGCUCGCUGCCUCCUUGGGCACGGGCUUUAUGGAGACCUCCACCAAAAGUAACUGCAAUGUGGACCUGGCCUUCGACACCCUUGCCAACACCAUCCAGCAGGCCUUGUGGCAGGGGGACAUCAAAUUGGAGGAGGACUGGGGGGGUGUGCGUCUCAUCCAGAACACCCAGAUCUCCAGACUGCCCAGCAGGAUACAGCACCCAGGCCCAUGCAGGUGUUGACUCUAGGAGGGAAAGGGUUAAAGCAGUGCUGGUGGGAUGGGGAGUGUUAGUAUCUCUCUGGAGGCCAAAUGGCAGAAUCUAUUCAGACAGUUAUUACAAACCAUAUCCUGGCACAGUCACGCCUCCUGGAUUUUGGGGUCUUGGAGCUCAGCCCCUUUUCCACCAGAAAGGUCUAAGAGGCCAGGUGUGCAGCCUGGAGCCUGUCUCCUCUGUGGUCAGAGGAGCUCGUAACAGACCCCACUCACGGGGGGUUGUGGGCAUGACUGAGAUCAUGGAUGCGCUAUGCUCAGCCAGAGCCAGAGCCUCCCACACAGUGAGAAUCGAAUAGCAAGAACUGUCAUCGCUGCUGCUCUUUCCUCUCUUGGCCAGGAUGUGGCCAUUUCAGGCAGCGUCCCUGGGCUCGGACGCCGAGCCGCUCAGCGUGUGGACGCUGCUACAGGCGAGGAGGGGGGCAGGGGCUUUCAGGCUGAGCCAGGUCUUCAGGCUUGGAUGAGAAAGUGUGCCUUCAAACCCGGAUUGCUGCCCAGUGCUCCUACUCCAAGGCCACGGGCCGGAGAGGCAGGGAUGAAUAUGAAUAGCUCUCUGGCUGGGUGCAUGGUGGACACUGUUGGUUAGCCACCAAAAUCUGCCCCCAGGGCUGAAAAACCCAUGGCCCCCUCCCCACCAGAGCGCCUAGCUGCUGGGAGUGCUAUGUGGUGGUGGAGCCCAGGUUGCUCUCUGGGAACUGCCUGCUCAUCUGGGGCAGCCCAGUCCAGCAUCAAUAUAUCAGAUCUGUUGGGCGCAGGGGGAGUGUUCAAAGGCCUGGCCUUCUUGCCUCAACUCUAGACAACUCUGACAGAAACACCCAUCUUCAUCACUCUCCAUGGGGUCCAUUGAGGCCACUAUUAGGACAGCAUCACAGCUACAUUCUCCUGCUCAAUCCUGCUUUCGUCCCUUCCUCCCCCACCCAGCAGGUAUUGAUGUCAAGAAUCUCCUAAUAGGGACUUCCCUGGUGGUUCAGUGGCUAAGCGCCUGAGCUUCUGAUGCAGGGGGCCUGGUUUCGAUCCCUGCUCAGGAAACUAGAUCCCAUAUGCUGCCAAAAAGAUCGAAGAUCCUAAGUGCCACAAUUAAGACUUGGUGCAGUCAAGUAAAUAUUUUUUUUAAGAAAGAAUUUCGUAAUAAAAGUCUGCACAAAAAUACAAGGGGGAAAACACGUCUGCACCCUUGGAAUUCCCUGGCGGUCCCGUGGUUAGCAUUCUGUGAUCUCAAAGCCAAGAGCCCAGGUUCAGUCCCUGGUUGGGGAACUGGAGAUCCCACAGUCUGCAUGGCGUGGAAAAAAAAAAUUAUAUAUAAAAGUCUAGGGGACUUCCUUCGUGGUCCAGGGGCUAAGACUCUGAGUGCCCAAUGCAGGGGGCCCCGGGUUCGAUCCCUGCUCAGGGAACAGUUACCCACAUGUUGGAACUAAAGAUCUCACAUGCCACAAUGACGACUGAAGAUCCUGCCUGCUGCAACUAAGACCCGGUGCAGUCAAACAAGUAAAUACUAAAAAAAUAAGUCUGCACACUGAUUUUAUUCUCAAAAUCUGGCUGCUGGGGAACUUAACCUGCAACAGAAACUGCUAGGCACAAAAUAUCCAGUGGCAAUGCAGGAAGGCUUUAUGGAGAGAGGGAUCUUUACACUUCACUGAAGGCAGAAGAGGGUGACAGAGGGUGAGAUGGCUGGAUGGUAUCACUGACUCAAUGGACACGAAUGUGGGCAAGCUCCGGGAGACUGACGGACCGGGAAGCCUGGCAUGCUGCGGUCCAUGGGGUCGCAGUGAGUUGGACCUGAUGACUGAACAGCAACACAGCAGGUGUCAAGGGGAUAUCUGGGCGGUCUCAUCGUGCCAGUGGGCACGGGCAGGGCAGGGCAGUUGCCAUAGCAAAAAUAGCACAGCCCCUUUACUCACUUUGUGACCUGGGGCCAGUUACUCAACCUGGUUGAGUCUCAGAUUCCUCCUCAGUAAGCUGUCACUGAAAACCUCUCCUUCCUAGGGGUCUUGGGAAGUUUCACUCAGGUGAUUUUUAGCUUCCUCACCUUGGCACCUGGGCCGGGAGCAACCUCUGUGUGCUUGACUUCCUCCCUGCCUUCUCUUUUCAAAACAUCACUCAUUCUUCUGACCAUCCUGCAAGGUUGGCAUGACUGUCUUCAUUUCGUUGAUGAGAAAGUGUAGACAAGAGAGGGAAAUAAUUUGCUUUAGAGUUAUUAUCAUUCCUUCAUCAAAAAUGUCUUAAAAUGAGCAUCUGUUCUGAUCUGGGCUCCAGGAAUACAGCAGUGAACAGGACAGAAAAGCAGUCCUAGGGCUGACAUUCCAGUGGAAGAGAAAAAAACUAGUAAGUGGGACUAAAUGAGUCUUAGCUGUAAGUGCUAUAAAGGCCACAGAUCUGGGAGAUGGGCCUGAGGGUGAUGGGGGCUCGUUUAGAGCAGAUGGUCAAGGAGGGCCUCUCUCAGGAGAUGGCCUUUGAUUUGAGAACCUAGAUGAGGAGGAAGAACCAAGCUAAGAGCAGAGAUCUGGGCAGAAGGAACGGUGUCCAGCUCUGAUUGGGCACUUCUUAGGUACCAUUUGCCAACCAGUUUGCCAUUGCUGUCUCAGUGCAGCACCCCCGCCCCCCACUCCUGGCCUCCAAUCUUUAGUGUAGAUUGUAUCACCCAUCUUGAGGGUCUCAGGCCUGCUGGGUGUGAUUUAGCACCCACAUUGCCCCAGGGGAUCUUUUUUUUUUUUUUUCCAGGGGAUCUUUUUAAAAUACAGAUUUGACCUGGCUGCUCCACUCCUAGAAUCCCUCCCUGGCUCCCCAUUGCCUGCAGGGUAAAAUCCAAACCCUUUCCCCCCAAGUCCAGUCUGAUCUGGUCCUAUGGCAUCUCCGCCUGCUUCGCCCAGGUUCCCAACCACCUAGCCCUGGGCUUUGCACACGCUGUUCCCUUUGCCUGGAAGACCCUAGCACAUUACUCCCUCCCUGUUACCUGAUCAGCCUGCAACACCCAGAAUAAUAUGGCCUCCUCUUAACCACUGCAUUAUCCCAGCUGCCAAAAAUAGGAUUAAACCUGGGUUUGAAUCUCAACUCUGCUAUAUACAAUUGUGGGACCCUGGGGAACUCAUUUCAUCUAAGCCUCAGUGGACUCAUCUGUAAGAUGGGGAUAAUGCUUCCUAACUCACAAGUUUUAGAAAGGAUCAAAUGACAAAUCAAAGGCAGUACUCCUCACUAGGCUCUAGGAGUUCAGAAGGUGGAUGUCUACUUCUUCCCCUGAGGGUUUUGCUCUUAUGACUGUUAGGGAACAGAGGCUACUAAAGUAUAUACUUUAGGGAAAUAAGAAUUCCAAAUGCUAACAAAGUUCUUAAAGGUCCUAACCCCUUGCAGAGAUAUGGGUUGGGCUCCCCACAGACUACUUGGCCUCCAAGCCUUUCCUCAUGGUAAAAUGAGAAUGAUUCCUACCUCACAGUUUUGUUAGAGGAUUAAUUAUGAUGUGGAUUAAGUGUUAGGUUACUUAACACUUAAUAAAUGUUAGGUUACUUCUGCCAACAAGCCUCCUCUGGGCCUUUUGUGUGUGACUCCCUUGCCUGGAAUGUCCCUCCUCCAUCUCUGUCAAAACUCUGUUCACCCAUCAAAGCUUAGUCCAACCUAACCUAUUUCUUUCCCUGAGCCUUCAGGGCGUUUAUUGGAACGCCUCUCCUCUUUGCAGAUUUCAGGUUCUGCUGUGUCUUUUUGCCCCACUAGAGGGCAGCUCUUUAAGAUCGGGCCGAUUCCCUUGAGGAGGCUCUCCGGCAGGGGAACACUGGGCUUUCUAAGACCAUUAGGGAAAAUCUGAAACAUAACCAAGAAUAAAGAAACGAGUAUAAAGGAUUGUGAAGAACCUCUUGUACUCAUAACUCAGCUUCAACAAAUAGCAGCAGGCCCAUUGUGUUUUCCUCUCCCUUUUCUUUAUGAAAGUUAUUCUUAGAUCCUGGCCCUAGUGGGUGACAGAUGUGGGAGCAUCUCUCUAGGACCCCUGGCUGGGACAUGUCCCGCAGGAGUCCCAGUGUUGGGAGAGGUAAGCUUCACACUGCAUAGCCCGCGCUCUGGGACUCAGGGCAGCAGAGGGAAGAAAGGGGUCAGCACACGGGGCCUGCAGGGAGGGCAUCUUUGCCGAGGGCGUCACCCGGGCAGUAGAGGUGGCCUUCGGGAGUUUUGUGGAGGUAGAGCCUAGGGGUCUAGCUGGCCAGGAGAGGUCCUGGGCUCAGCCCCUGCCCAGCCUUCUAAACCACCCACCCUUGAGGGAGAGUCCACCCAUCAGAAAGGGAAGGAGUGGGACUCCCCUGGUGGUCCAGUGAUUAAGAAUCUGCCUUCCAAUGCAGGAUUUGAUCCCUGGCUAGGGAACUAAGAUCCCACAGGCCACGGGCAACUAAGCCCGCGUGGCGCAUCUAGAGAAGCCCAUGUGCCUCAACAAAGACCCAGCACAGCCAAAUUUUUUUAAACAAAGAGGAAGGGAAGGGGCCUUUACCUGGAAAAUAAAGGACUACACUGUGGGACUGUGGAAAACCUUCCCAACUACAGGGAACUAUGAGACCUCAGUCCAGCGCGACCCUCCUCCUCCCUGCUUUACCCCAUGCAGGAGGGACCCCCUCCAGGAUGGCUUCUUGAUCCCAGAUGGCGCCUUCUAGGUCCUCAAAAUUCACCCCUGUUUUUGUGACCACCCCCUACAGCUGCCUUUUGGUUGAUUCAAACUUUUUGUUUACAUGCCUGCUGUUAGCAUCAGAGGGCUUCCCUGAUGGCUCAGCUGGUGAAGAAUCUGCCUGUAAUGUGGGAGACCUGGGUUCAAUCCCUGGGUCGGGAAGAUCCCCUGGAGAAGGGAACGGUAUUCUCCAGUAUUCUGGCCUGGAGAAUUCCAUGGACACAGUCCAUGGGGUCGCAAAGAAUCGGACACGACUGAGCGACUUUCACUAGCAUCAGAAUCUUGUCAGAUGGGAUCUUUCCCACAGCCCUAAAAUGCUCCAGAGCUGAGAAGGGUAAUGCUCAGGCUGAAGAGGGGUGGGAAGCCCAGGGUCAGCCAGCUGGGCUCCCCACACCCUCCCAACCCCCUGCAAGACGCACACAUGGCAGACUCCAAACACGGGCAAUAGACCCCACCACUAGGCCUGAGGGCUGUCCACCCCCAGGCUUACCUUGCUCACCUCUGCCCAUUCUCUCCUGACGUAGCACCUUAUGCUUCAGCCACAUUGGUGAGGUGACUUCCUCACACCUCCAGGCCUUUGCAUGCACUGCCGCUCCCCUCUCUGUCCCCCCAGGACUUGGGGAGAGUUUAGGGCACAGCCAGGGGAGCAGGUUCUGGAGUCAGAGGGACCUGGUUGAAACCUUAGCACCAUCACUACCACCUGUGUGAUCUGAGUAGAUUACUUAAACUCUCUAAAGUUCAGUUGCCUCACUGAAAAAUGGGGUUAAAUGAGAUUACUGCAAAGUGCUUGACACUUUUGCUUCAGGCUUGUUGGGGAAACAAGCUUAUUCACAGAAGGUGCUCGGCACAGCACGUGGCACCUAUUAAGUUCUCUCCGGAGCACACGAACUCAUCAGCCCUGCUCCCCACUCCCUGGGCUGCUCAGCAUGUGUUAGGUCGUCUGCGUGCUCAGUGUGCGGGGCUCUGGGAAUCAGAUGGGCCCGGUUACUUAACUGGUGAGGCAGAAGGCCUUACACCCAGGCUAAGCUACCCCAGACACCAAGUUAGGAGAUCCCUUAUAGAUACUCGGUGACACCUCUCCCCCCACAUCCAGUCACCAAGGCCCACGCGUGCACCACUUAAACAGCUGUCAAAUCUCCCUUCUCUCCA